ACCAACCAACAAACCCAAACAACCAACUCAACAUGAAGUUCCUCAUCUGUUUGACCCUGUGCAUUGCCGCCGCCCAGGCAGGAUUCAUCGCAUCUCCAGUGGCCACCUAUGCCGCCACCUAUUCCGCAGCUGCUCCCUUGGCCUACUCCGCUCCGGUUACCACCUACUCCGCACCAUCAUACUCCACCUACGCCGCUGCCGCCGUUCCCGCCUACACCGCCUACUCCGCCUUAAGUGCUCCUGCUUACACUGCUCCUGUGACCACAUAUGCCGCUGGAACUGCCUAUGCUGCUCCCAUCACCACCUACGCAGCUCCCGCUGUCGUCAGCUCUUUCUUGAAGAAGAAGUAAACAGGACUCCUGCAAAAGACAUAAUGACUCACCCAGGCAAUUGAUCAAACAAAAUAAAAUUAUUAUAAAGCAAUCUAUUAUAACUAAUCAUCUUAAUCUACUUCAUUGUGUAAACCACAAAUCCGACUGAGAAUCCCCUCUCUUUAAAAGGCGCAAAAUUAGUUGAUGGGAGAAAUGAAAGGCACUAGCUUAGCAUAACUUCAGGGGGAAAAUUUUAACUAAAUGUAUAAUUCACUUCAUUAAAAGCAGGAACAUCCAAAGAAAAUAGAUAAUUUGUUAUUAUUAAAGGCACAUUAUAACCGGACUUACCUUCAACAUUACAAUAGAAAAACGCUUAAAGUACCAUAUUUUAUUUCAACUUUAUUAAAUUGCUACUUUACGAUCAGCUCUUUGAAAACU